AUGAGUAAAAAGCUUAUCUCAUUCAUGAUCGAUCCAAAUCUGGACCGGUUAUGGACAGCAAUAGGUUUUACGAAAGUUGAGAAGGCAGCAGAAGCAAAAAAAUUGGAACUUGCGCUUAUUGAAGCAUAUCAAAAAUUUAUUGCCGAAACAAACAUAAAUUGCGAAGAUUUACGAGGGGAACUUCGAAAUGCUAUUUUUGAAUAUCAGCAUGUUCAACAGAUCUUUGGUGAUGAAGGAGCAAUUCCUUCAUUGAGUCCAAAAUACUCACUACGCGAUCAAAUUAACUACAUGAACGAUGUAACAGAAGAGUUAAAAAUGAAAUACGAUUCAAGAGUUAAAGAAUUCGACGAAAUUGCAUCGAAACUUUCAGAACAAUACAAAAUUCUAAAGAUAAACGAAGAAGAUCGAGGGGAAUUUGCAGAGGUUGGUACAUCAGAUUUGACCUUGAGUAGAUUAGAAAGAUUUAAACAGACAAACAAAAAAUUAGAUGCAGAAAUACAACAAAGAACUAAAUUAUUUGAGUCACUAGUUCAACAAAUCACAGAGACUAGCGAAUACAUACAAGAAACUAUACCAGAUAAAUUCCAGACUAUUAUAGAAAACAAAAAUAUUGAUAACGAUUCGAUAUCUAAACUUACAGAAUGUUUAAACUCACUCCAAGAACUGCAGGAGACUAAUAAAGAGCAGUUGGAUAAUUUAUGGAAGCGAAUUUCCUAUCUUUACGAAGUUUUAGAUUUCGAUACGAAAUCACGGCGUUCUAAGCCCCAAAAUCCAUCUGUUCAAGAGAUAGAUAGUCUUCUAAAUGAAAUAGAAUCACUCCAGAAGCAAAUAGAAGAUAGUUUACCCACAUUAGUUAAAAGUCUUCAGAGAGAUAUAAAAAAGGUAUGCGACGACCUUCGAAUUUCACCGGCAAACUACAUAAGAUUUACAGGGGAUAACGAAGAUCUUGAAUCCAGAGCGAUUUUCCUACGCAGACAACUAAAUGAUCUGAAACAGAGACAAAUUAAGGCCCAACCGAUUAUUUCGCUUAUCAGUGAGAUAGAGUCGGCCAAUGCUUCUCUGAAGAACGACCCAACGAAGUCGUACAUGUCGAGGGAAAGAGGUGCAGCAAGAAAAAGAGUCGAAGAAGAGAAACAAAGAAAAAUAGCAGUGGAAACGAUACCGAAACUGGAACAGAAACUGUUGAAAUUACUGGCGCAGUUCAAGGAAGAGAAUAAAUACGAUUUUCAGUUCGAAGGAGUCGAUUUGACAAAUUUGGGCCAUGAAAAUGACAGUCAAGUUGCGCCCGUAAAUUUAUCAUCUUUCCCAGAAAAUGGAACAUCACAAAUUAGUCGAAGAACUGGAAAACAGACACUUGGAAAGACUCUUUUGUUGCAGAAACUGAACUCUGAGAAGAAUGAAACAAAGAAUAUGAAGCAGACAACGAGGAGAAGACCUCUAUACUAA